GACUUGCUGCCUGUGAGAUCCUGGAUAUCCCAGUGGAGCCGGAGGAGGAACCACCCCGUCAUAAAAGAAUGGCGCUGCGCACGCCGGAUGCGGAUGCCUCCAAAGUCAUCCAGACUGACGGGAAGGAGCCCGGCAAGGUGUCAGCCGGGUUCACGCCGGCUGCCGCCAACCUGAGGCUGACCCGAAGUUUGUCCAAGUCGGACUCGGACUUGCUGGUGCCGUCGCUCGGAGAAGACGACGGAGGCUACGCCGCUCGGAGCGGAUCCGUGUCCGAGCGCAAGCCGGGCCAGCCCUCCAAGGAGCGGAUGCCUUCUUUCGCCUCGGAGUGGGAUGAGAUUGAGAAGAUCGUGGACCUGAUCGGCGCCGGCAUCCAGACGUCCGACAAGAAGCAGGCGCGCUCAGAUGGGGCGUGCGGCAAAGCCCUGGACCAGCCGGUGGGCGAGUGGCUGGAGCGAGCCGGGCUGCCGCAGUACGAGGGCAAGUUCCUGCUCAACGGCUUCGACGACCUGCGCUUCAUGGGAAGUAACGUGAUGGAGGACCAAGAUCUCCGAGACAUUGGCAUCACCGACCCGGGACACAGGAAGAAAAUCCUGCACGCGGCACGCGGGCUGCCCAAGGUCAAAGCGCUGGGCUGCGACGGCAGCACAACUCUGGCCUCGUGGCUGGACGGGCUGGGCCUGCACGAGUACCUGCCCAACUUCCUGUCCAGCGGCUACCGAACGCUGGAGUGCGUCAAGAACCUGUGGGAGCUGGAGAUCAUCAAUGUGAUCAGGGUGGGUCCGCUGGGCCACAGGAAGCGGAUCAUCGCCUCUCUGGCUGAGAGACCCUACGAGGAGGCGCCCUCCAAGUCCAGACGUCUGUCUCCUAUCAUGUUCCACGACCUCCUGUCCCAGACCACUUGCCCCCUGGGCCAGAUGGACCCCUACACCAGUCGCUCCAUGGACAUGCUACUGCCCCCGGGCGAGGCCGACCGGCGGCGGCGAGGGGGAGGGGGACUGGAUCAGGACUGUAGCGUCUCUCUGCGUUCCUACUGUGAGCGCCCGCGCUCUGUCGAUCGACACGGCGAGCGACACAAAGAAUCUCGCGUGAACCUCCGGCCGCCGAGCCACUCUGCUACCUACGCCACCGUGUCCGCGUGGCACCACCAGCCUGAGAAGCUCAUCCUGGACGCCUGCGGGUACGAGGCAACCUACUUGGGUUCGAUGAUAAUCAGGGAUCUUCGGGGGAUCGAAUCCACACAAGAUGCCUGUGCUAAAAUUAGGAAAUCAAAGGAUUCCAGAAAGGGUCCUGUUGUUAUUCUCUCCAUUACCUACAGGGGGGUUAAGUUCAUCGACGCCGCCACAAAGACUAUAGUGGCAGAGCACGAGAUCCGGAACAUCUCGUGCGCCGCCCAGGACCCGGACGACCUGUGCACGUUCGCCUACAUCACCAAAGACCUGAAGAGCGGCCACCAUUUCUGUCAUGUCUUCACCACGGUGGAGGUGACGCAGACGUACGAGAUCAUCCUAACGCUGGGCCAGGCCUUCGAGGUGGCCUACCAGAUGACCGUGCAGUCCAGGCAGAGACACUACGUCCCCCACUCGUCCCUGGGCUCCGAAGUCAUCGAGACCAAGAGCAGCCGGCCCGUGUCGCAGGCGUGGAGCAGCAUGAGGAGAUCGGCGAUCGACCCCCUGGAGAUGGACGGCGACAUGCACUCCCUGGGCAGCACAUCCUGGCUCUUGGACCAGCGUGACUCCGGCCGGCGGCCCUACAGCACCAAGUACGAGACCACCAUAUUCUGAAGCCGCCCCCCACCCUCUCUCUCUCUUCCCCCUCCCACAUCCCGUGCAACCCCCCCCCCCCCCUUUUGCAUC